CCUCAGUUGGGAUGUCUUUUCCGUUCUAUGAUACCGGGCUUUCCACCGGGAUUCGGCAACUGCUUUACCUCGGCGCCUAUAUUAUUGCAUCAAUAUGGCUGAAGCAUGUGACUGCUCGGUUGCGUCCCGGGUCGCAGCGCCUCGUUUCAUCAGUUCCGCUGCUCAUCAUGAACAUUGUGUUGCCAUUCAUUUGGAGCACUGACGAGCUGCUUCCGCGGACAAAUGCAAUUCUGGUCAACUCGUGGCUCAGCAGUUUCAAGGUGCGUCAGUACGCGACACGGCCAACCGCCCGCACGCAGUUGGUGCUACUCCCACCCCACCCCCCAACCCCCAACCCCCCGCCGAUACACCAUGCCCUUUCCAGCUGUGUUUCGGGGAUGGCCAGCAGCUGCACCGCCUACUUCUCUAGGCACACCUAAAUUCAAGUCAACACGCUGCGUGCAAUACUUGGUCCUCCACUCAUAUCACACACACGUGUGCCCGCAGGUCCUCGCCUUUUGCCUCGGCCGACUUCCCUUGCGGGUGAUUGCGUGCCCUGCGCUGGGGCGGCCUGAAGCCGCCUCGUGCAAUAUCCGCUGCCACGCCCAAUACUGGCAUAUCGGGCUGCACUAGUAGGCGGUCUGAGUUGGGCCCUUGCCCCUUGGCAAUAAAUGGCUUAGUCCUUGCAUUGGUCCUGACUCCUGAGCCUUUUCAGCCCGCCGCCGCUGCUCCUCAUUCCCGCCGUUCCCACCUCCCAGGAGUCAAUGACAGUGCCCCAGAUCACCGCCGUCAUCUACCUACCCAUUUUCCCUAAGCCACCAGCCACACACGCCAAGGCUGUAGCCGGUGAUAGGCAUGGCGGCGGCGGCCGGCUGUACGACAAUGCCGGAUCGGCGGCAUCGCUGGCGUGCCGCUGGGUGGCCAAGCUGGGCAGUGGGUCUGGGUCUGGGUCUGGUGGUCGCGGGCAUCACGGUGUGUGCAGACACCAUGCCACGUGUGCUGCUGCAUUACCUGUACGCUCUGGGUCUGUACUUCUUCGUGGGCUUUCUGAUGGACGGCCCGGGCGCUGUGGCGGUGGAGGCGCUGGGGCUGCAGCUGGUGCCCACGUUUGACGCGCCCUGGUUGUCUACCUCCCUGGCCGACUUCUGGGGCCGGCGCUGGAACAUCACUGCGAGCUCGGUGCUGCGGACGCUGGUGUACGACACCAUUGCAGAGGGGCGGCUCGUGGCGGCGGCCAAGCCCGAGCAGCAGCAGGAGCAGCAGGAGGAGCAGAAGCAGCCGGCGGCCGCAGUGGCGCCGUUGGCAACAGCGGCGCCCGCUGCACACGUGGACGCCACUGCGUACGCGCACAUGGGGCGCGCGGUAGGCAGCAGCCCGGGAGGCCAGCCGCAUGUGUCGCCGGCGGCGUCAGGGCCGGGAAGGGCUUCGGGCUUGAGGCAUGAGAGCGAUGCCGCCCCCGCGCAAGCGAGCGAGAGCGGCGCCGUGAGCAGCAGCCACAGCGCUGGCAGCAAGCACAGCGGCACCUUGGAUUUCGAUGCGAGCGAGCCCCUCCAUCAGGACCCUGGUGCUUACCCUGAUGACGGGACGGCGCACAAGCGUCCACUGAUGACAAGCCUUGUUGCGGCAUCGCAUGACGAGCCACGGCCGGCACACGCCGCCAACCAACCAACACAACCAACACCUCCCAAGCACGAACCCUGCUGCGCGCCGCCCGCUACCCCAACCACCGUGUCAAACCCCACGACGGUACUGUGGGCGCCGCGCUCGCUGCUCCGCCGUACACUGGCCGUGCACGCCUCGUGCCUGGCCAGCGGCUUGUUCCACGAGUAUGCCAUCUGGCACGUCAGUGGACUGGGUUGGCACUGGAAGUGGACAUUGUUUUUCUACAUGCAGGCGCCGCUCAUGACGCUGGAGGGCCUGGGCCGGCGCUGGCUGCGGCGGCGUGGCCUGCAUGUUCCUCGCCUCCUCGCCAACAUCCUCACCCUCGCCGCCCUUGAGGCGAUGGCGUACCCGCUGUUCUUCGGGUUUGUGGAGACUGACACGGACCUGGCACGGCGUGUGGUGGCGGCGGUGUCACGGGGCUAUCAGGAGGUGCUGCAGCCGCUGCGGCCGCUGCUAUCUGGGGCGGCGGCGGCUUUGGCAGGCGGUGGGGCGGGGAAAGUGGAGUUGUAGGGUUUCCCGGAGGUUGCAGGGGACCAUGUUGGGUCCAGCGCGGCUUGCGCGUUUUGGCGGGUUGGUGAGGUGGAGUUAUAGCCUCUUGACAACGGCGGAUAUGAGCGGAGACGAUGUUGUUCGGCGUUGCGCGCCAGGCGACGUUGCGCAUCCCUGGUGCGCACUGCAUGCAUGGCAUGCCGGCAUGCGGUAUGCACUGUGAUAGCCUGGCGUUUUGAGUCCAAGGCAGAGAGGCGGCUGUCAGUGAUGCUUGGGUGGUACAUUACCUGGUUGUACGGCGGUUUGGGGCAAUCUUGUGCCCGGUUGCGGAGUGGAGGCAUAAGUGGCGGCCGGGAACAGCGAUCGGAGAGCCUGUGCCCCGUGCCUGGUGUGAGUUUUGGCGGGUUCAUGGAGGCUGGUGCUCGCGACGACAGCUUAAUACUUAUUUGUUUCCCCAAAUACAAACUGCUGGCCCUGAGUUGUAAACAACAGAAGCA